AUGCACAGACUCGCCCACACAUAUACUAGAGAAAAGCCGUACUCGUGUCGAUGCGGUGCAGCUUUUACGCGACGGGACCUGCUUACCAGGCAUUGGCGUAUCACUCAUCAUGCCGGAAAUGCCGGUGUGACAGAGUCAACAUCGUCAACUGAGACCGCGACAACUUUAGACGCGCCACAGCAGCAGGAUCCGUCCCAUGUGCAUCCCGUUCCUGCAAGUCGGUUGAGCGUAUCGGAUGCAAGUGUUACACACGCCCAUCUUGUCCCGCAGGUACACUCAGGCCAGCUUGAAUUGCACGAUCCCGCUCCCGUCUUUCAGGACCCCCAAGCACAUAUAAUUACUCAAGGUGUGUAUGAUACCAAAGCUGAAACAUUACGCGUUGGCCGGCUUGCUGACGACGAUCUAGAGUUACAACAAGCGCCACCGCCAUAUAAUGAUGAAGGGUUCGAGGACUUUCGCGACUUUGUAAACUUUAUUGACGGUGUAGGCCUCUCAGCCCAAUGGACGCCGGAGUACGAUUUUGACUGGAUGCGGAUUGGUGAGCACCAGCAAGAAUCCCGGAGACAUUCCCGCGAACCAGAAACCGCGCCGUCUCCGGGCCCCGAAGAUAUUGGUACACCCUUCAGUACCUGGUUACCCUCAGCUCCAGCCGAUGAUCAAGUACAUCUGAGGUCGCAUGCAGAGGAUGCUGGCGCACAGUAUUGCUUCGAGCGGAGAAGCUCAGAACGCCUGUUUCGGGUUUCCAAGGCCAUUGUGUUCGAACGCCUGCGGCAGGAGGAGUCACACUUUGGUCCACAAACCCUCGCCUUUAUUGCCUCAAGGAACGUUGUCUCACCUGUCUCAGCACCUUCAACAAGACGAUCGGGUCCCUGGGCUCCUCUUGACAUGGCCAAGACGCUACUAAUAUUGGUGGGAUACGCCACGUGGGAGAGAAAAGACUUGCUGCAGCAGGCUUUUGCACUGAGAGGCCUAUUGGUACAGACACUUCGGGACAUUGGCCUUGAAGAAGAAAAGCCCGACUUGAAUGGGUCGACAUCAAGAGCAGCUAUGUGGGACCAUUGGGUACAACGUGAAUCUGCCAGACGCACAAAGCUUGUGUCCUUUGCCUACAUCAAUGUACACAGCAUUACGUACAACAUUCAUCCUCUACUAUGGAGCAGCGAACUACACUUACGGCUUCCCUGUCUCUCGCAAGAGUGGCAGGCCAGCAGCGCCGCACAAUGGGUCACACUACAACGUGAUACUAAGGAAGAGCAAAUGCCCUUUCAGCAAGCAUUGUCAAUACUGCUUCAAGGGACGGCAAAUCAAGAGCUUGUACAUCCUAUACCAAGCCCCAUUGGAAACUACAUUCUCCUGCACGCGCUGCUACAGCGAAUCUAUGUGGUUCGAGAAUUGUCAUUCCCUGCCACGUCACCCGCGACGAUUUCGGACGCGGAAAUGCAAGUCAUCAGUCGCGCUCUUCGCGCAUGGACGUCGCUUUGGCAGCAAACACCCGAAUCGAUGCUCGACCCUAACAACGAGAGUGGACCCAUCCCGUUCACGUCAAGUGCGCUCCUAGUCGUAGCUUACGUACGCCUUUCGCUCAACAUAGGACCAUAUCGUCACUUGGAGUCACGUGACACGGAUGUGAUUGCAAAUGGCCUCAGGCAAGUUCCAGACAUUGAGCGAAACGAUAACCUCCUGCCGGCCCUACUCUAUUCAACACAUGCACUGAGUAUACCCGUCAGGCUUGGGAUCGACAGGGUUGCGCGUAGCCAAGCCUUUUUCUGGAGCGUUCAACACGCGAUAUCGAGCUUUGAAUGCGCUAUAUUUCUGGGCAAGUGGCUAUGCUCUGUUGCCAGGCCAUCACGAGAAGACACACUGUCACGUUCAGAGCAUCGCAUUCUCCACUGGGUUCGAUGCAUUAUCAAAGAAGCGUAUGCGGUAAUUGAUUUUGAUGAGCCCGAGGUGCGUGAUGGCACUCUGAGUGUUCCGAGUGAGCCAUUUGCGCUCGGUCUCGCAGUCUUGAAUAUCUGGUCUCGAUUCUUUCGCGGGAAUACGCAGUGGCAAUUUGUUGUUAAUCUAGGGUUGAGUCUGGAGAAAUAUAUCCGGACGCUUGUGUAG